GUGCGCGCCAUUCCUACGUCGUGACGGCGCGGCCCGCAUUUUUGAGCUGCGAUGGCCGCCGCUGCUAUUUUUGCCGUCUCGGCUCAUCGCGCGCUCGUCCCUGGGCUAUAAAGGGGCCGCGGGUGCCGACGGAGAUCAUGCAGCUCUACAGCAGCGCACUGACACAUUUUCCUGGAUCAUACCAGCUGUCCAUUCCGAUAAGUUCCGCUGGAGAAUCGACGCCACGGCUCAGCAUGCCCGCCUUCUCCGCCUACGACGCCGUGUCCAGCAAGCCCGCCUGCUACACCUCGACGGCGCACAUCUUGAUCAGCAGGCCGGCGGGACUUCACUCGGCCGAGGAGGCCUGCCGCAGGAGCUCGGCGGUCAUCGGCACGGAGGGCGCGGACACCGGCUGGAUCGACACGCUCUUGAACCAGAACAGGGCCGAAGCGGAAAGAGGGCGCGACGCGGAAAGAGCUGCCGAGGCGGAGUCGCGGGGCGAGAGUGACGGCGAGGCCUUAGCCACACGCAUCCUGCGCACGUUCAAAGAGGAGGAAGAAGAAGGCGGCGGCGUCAGCGACAAGAUCGCGCAGUACCUGGCCGAGGUGGAGAGGCAGGACAAGUACCUCCAGGGGCGCGGCCGCUACAGGUUCCACAUCAUCCCGGACGGCAACUGCCUGUACAGGGCGGUCAGCAUGGCGGCGUACGGACAUCAGGGCGCGCACGAGGAACUCCGCGAGCAGACGGUGCACCACAUCGCCGACCACCUGGAGCAGUUCAGCCCCGUCCUCGAGGGCGACGUGGGCGAGUUCCUGAUCAACGCCGCGCAGGACGGAGCCUGGGCCGGCUACCCCGAGCUGCUCGCCAUGAGCCAGAUGCUGAACUUCACCGUCCUGCUGAGCACCGGGGGCAGCCUGGACAGCCCCACCGUGUCCACCAUGGCGCACUAUCUGGGCGAGGAGGACGCCGGCCGGCCCUGCGUCUGGCUCAGCUGGCUCAGUAACGGACACUACGACGCCGUCUUCGACCGGCCGCUGCCCAACCCCGAGUACGAGAACUGGUGCCGGCAGACGCGGCUGCAGAGGCAGCGGGACGAGGAGCUGGCACGGAGCAUGGCGCAGUCCCUGUCGCGGAUGUACAUCGAGCAGAACGGCGGCGCCUGAGGACUCCCCUGCCGCCGCUUCACUUUGCACUUUAGGACCCGCGGCCAGCCGGGAGUGUUUGCGUGUGUAUGGAGCGUGGACUGCGUGUGCUGCCGGAGAGCUGGAUUUUCUACUUGGAGCAGAAAGGAAGGUUUCCUUAAACUCGAUGUUUGAUCUUCUUCUUCUUCUUCUUCUUUCUGUUUUGUACUUUGCAUUUAUCGGCCUGAAUUGGAUUUGUUGUAAAGAGUGAAUGCUGCCGUUUGGACCCCCUGGCCACGUCUUACUAACUAAGGCGCUCGGUGACUCGCUAAGCCCCCCGCCCUGCUCGAGAUCGCAAGUCCUUCACGUUUGUGCCACUUUCUGGGGCAGCUUUCCAGGUUGGUGGGCGGCGCCUUUUGUACCCGAUUGUGUGUCCUUUGUGUUUUUCUUUGUUUGUUUAAAAUGUUCUUCUUUUGACUUUCGUGAUUUUUCUAUCUGAGGGAACAAUGUUGGUGUGCCAAGGUGGGUGGCAUCCGUUUUGUGGGAAUCUGUCGAGCGUGACUGACUCACGUCCUGUAAUGUCCUACAAAUAAACGACAUGCUGACGAAG